AUGAAGUACAUUUUUCUGUUUGUUCUCCUUGCUGGUGAAUUUUCCUUUGGUUAUACAGAUGAGCAGAAUGAUGAUCCUGCACCCUACCUUGUAUAUAUCAAAAACCAAUAUGGCCCCUGCGUAGGUGUUCUGAUCCAUCAACAGUGGGUCCUGGCAGCUGCUCAUUGCUACUUACCAAGCCUCAAAGUGAAGUUGGGAAAUUUCAAGACAAGAGUUCGAGAUGGGACAGAGCAGACCAUUAAUUCUGUCCAAAUCAUUCGAUAUUGGAAUUUGAGCACAGAUUCUUCUGAGCACAACCUCAUGCUUAUCAAGCUAUCUAAACCUGCAGUUUUCAAUGAGAAGGUCCAGCCCAUGGCCCUGCCCACUAAAAGCAUCCCUGCAGGCACAAAGUGUGUUAUCUCUGGCUUAGACUGGAGCAUAAAAAAUAGUGGCAAGCACCCUGACCUUCGGCAAACCUUCACAGCCCCUCUGCUAUCAGAUAAAGAGUGCCAGCAAACAAAACAAGGAAAAGUCAGCAAGAACAGGAUAUGUGUGAAAUUCUUAAAGUCCUUUGAGAGAAUUUUUGUGGAAGCUGCACUGGCUGCUGUUGUCUGUAAAGACAAGAUUCAAGGGAUAGAGGUUGGGAAUUUCCUGGGAGGUAACAUUGGUGUCUAUACUAACAUCUUCCACUAUAUCCCUUGGAUCCAGAAAAUUAUGUCUACAAGAUGA